AUGCAGAACAUCUUUGAGCAGAACUUGGACAUGGCCACGGCUCUGCUCGCUGGAGAGAAGCUAAAGGAGCUCAUUCUUCCGGGCUCCUCACAGGAUGAGAAAGGCGGAGCGCUUGCCGGACUCAUGGUGCAGCUCAAGCUUGAGUUGCCGUUUGACCGGGUCGUCACCAUAGGAACCGUCAUCAUUCCUAUUUUGCUCGUCACGCUGGUCUUCACACGGAACUUCGCCGAGGAGUCUAUAUACUGCUACACUCCACACAACUUCACCCGCGACCAGGCCCUGUACGCAAGAGGUUACUGCUGGACGGAACUACGUGAUGCUGUGCCUGGUCUAGAACCUGAACAAAGACCUUCACUGUUCGAGCACAAAUUCCUUCCCUAUGCUCUUCUAGCCUUUGCUGGUAUCAUGUACAUUCCUGCCUUAGGCUGGGAGUUCCUGGCCUCCACACGCCUCACCUCUGAACUCAACUUUCUCCUUCACGAGAUCGACAACUGCUACCACCGGGCAGCCGAGGGUCGAGCUCCCAAAAUCGAGAAGCAGAUCCAGUCGAAGGGGCCAGGUAUCAGUGAACGUGAGCGACGCGAGAUCAUUGAGAACGCCGAAAAAGAGAAAAGCCCCGAGCAGAACCUGUUUGAAAAAUACCUGGAAAGACGGGGACAGAGCAACUUUUUGGCCAAGCUGUACCUUGCACGACACCUGGCCAUAAUCUGCCUCAGCUCCAUCCCUAUCACCUACCUGAGCACUUACUAUGCCCGACAAAGGCAAAACGAGUUCACCUGUGCGUUGGGUGAGCCACCUGAUGUUAGCAGCAUUCCCGAACUGCGACUGAGUGUUAACUGCAAGUUGCCCGCUGUGCAGCUGCAGCGUAUCAUGGCCGCGGUAGACAUUGCGCUGCUCUGUACCAUGAAUCUCAUCAUCCUGGUCAAUCUUUUGCAUUUGUUUGUGGUGCGCAAGUCCAACUUCGUCUUUGACAAGCUGCACAAGGUGGGCAUCAAGACGCGGCGACGUUGGCAAAAGUCGCAGUUCUGCGACAUCAACAUCUUGGCUAUGUUCUGCAACGAGAACCGCGACCACAUCAAAUCUCUAAACCGGUUGGAUUUUAUCACCAAUGAGAGUGACCUCAUGUAUGACAACGUUGUACGGCAGUUACUGGCGGCGUUAGCCCAGUCAAAUCAUGACGCCACCCCGACAGUGAGAGACUCUGGCAUUCAAACUGUGGAUCCCAGUAUGGACCCUUCUGUAAUAGGCGUGGGGGAAAUGGGAGGAGAACCAUCAGUCAUCAAAAGGCCUCGGAAAAAGAUUAAGUGGAUUCCCACAUCUAAUCCCCUACCGCAGCCCUUUAAAGAACCCUUAACACUAACACGGUUGGAGAACAGUAUAAAGAACGACAAACCCAAACCAUUACGGAGGAAGGUUGUGGCAGAAAGCAUCAUUGCUCCAGUACUAGACAGCAAGGGCACGCAGCAUCCAUGUUCCAAUAAAGCUACUCAGAUGAACAACCCUGGGAUUGAGAAGAAGCAUACUCGCAAUUUCUCCUUGGAUGUUCAUCCCUACAUGCUCACCAUUCAGAAGCCUAAGCCAGAAACCACCAACAACCCUGAACCACAGCCUGCUGAACAAUCAAUGGACUCAGUGUACAUAGAGGGUACGCACAAGGUCGUCCACGUCUCUACCUCUCUCACUGAAAAGAAAGCUACUCCUCCACAAUCCACCACCACUGCCUUUUCUACUGUCACCCUCCCCACUACGUCCUACCUGAACGGAGGCACUUCAAACCUGCCACCCUCCGGGUCACCUGAAGCUAAAGAGCCUCUCACACAGCCCCUGGACCCUGAGACUGAGCCUGCACCCUUUAGCCGAAACCCUGCACACCAGCUGCUCAGUAUCAGGCACACCAUGUAUGAGGAAGAGGAGGAGCAGGACCAAAGGGACAGAUUGACAGAGAGACCCGGAGAACUCAUUGCUGCUGGGGAGUGCUGA